AUGAGACUCACUAUCAGAUUAACUACAAACACUUCAUACUCACUCACAGUGCCAGAUAACUCAACUGUGCAAGAUCUCCGUGCUUCCGCCAAAGUAGCAUGCCCCUCGACUGCAAAACUCCCAACUGAUUUCAAACUUAUUUUCAAUGGUCAGAAGCUUGAUCCUUACUAUAAGUCCUUACUGGACUUUGGAAUCAAGGAAGAUGGUGUUACCAUAAUUUUAAUGUCUAGUGGUGCAGCAUCUCCACUUUCCUCGCCAAGUUUAGGUCCAACCACAAUUAUCAGAAAAACUGCGACUGGUGCAACUACAUCAACGAAGUCUAAGAAGUCCAAGUGCUCAUUCAAGUCUUGUGGAUCCGCUCCUUUACGUAUGGUGGGCGAAUGUUCUCAUUGUAUGGGUAAAUUUUGUGCUAAGCAUCGUUUACUUGAAGAUCACCACUGUCAGGACUUACAAUAUUGUAGGGAUUCCGCACAUGAAAGGAAUGCUAUGAAAUUGCACAAUGAAAGCACCCUUGCUUCCAGCAAGGUAUAA